GUGAUAACUUACAUCAUGCUGGGCACAGUUGAGGCGGGGUGGACCGGUGACAAACUGGCAUGCUUCCCACCCGAAAAACUGCGCUCGGUUUUUGGACUUGAACUUUAGUUGUAGUCACUUGUACUUUUGUGUUGGUGUAGAACAGUUAUGUAGUUGGCUGAUCUUAAUAAAGUAGGCCUACACUGAUGAUUUAGGCACUAUUCGUUGAUACUUUAGACUUAUUGAUUACUGAUCCCAUAAUCCAGGAGGAUCCUAGGGUCGCUGUGUGAUAAAGAGCCUCGUCAGAUGUCGCCACUUUUCCCAAUUUUUUUGCGCUGUCCAUUCCGCAAUGUUGUCGGCCCACCUCUUUCUUUGCCUUCCUCCCUUGCACAGUUCCCUGAAAAACGAUCUUGGAUAGGCCACGUGAUCUCGUUACAUGACCAUACCAAUUCAUUUUUCUUCGCAUCACAGUAGACAAAAGUCUAAAUAGUGACUCAUAUGUUGUUUCACUCUACACUACUGCACACUUCCUCAUUUGUGACGUGGUUAUUGUAUGAGAUGCCAAAGAGUCGUCUAAAGCAUCUCAUUUUGGCUGCUUGGAUCUUCCUCUGAAGCUCUGCUGUGAAGAUCCAUGAUUUGCAAGUGUGUAGAAGGAUGGAGAUGACGAGGGAAUAGAGUAGUUUGAUUUUGGAAUUGACUGAAACGUGGCGAUCUUUCCAUAUAUUGGUCUUAGUUUUGUAAGACUUAAAAGUUAAAUGUCUAGCAAGAUCCCCAAAGAGACAAUUGAUUGUUUAUUGUUGUAAAAGACAGGUGGCUAUUAAUCUAGAUGGAAUCUGAGCUAGAUCAGUUUAUCAUAUAUUUGGAUUCAGUAUUAUUUUACUCCUAGACCCGACCUGCCUCACUCUCAGAUAUUCUAAAGCACUUUUCUUGUUAAUUUUUAUCUGCCUUACACAAAUUUUGACUUUAUUAUAUUAUAUCCCCAGCAAAUUAUUAGUAAAUGAAAUGUAUGAAUUAUUUUAUAAACAUAUAUUACAAAUAGGACCAAUUGCACUGUAAUAUUUGACUUCGUUUUUAACUACGUGAGGGUUUCCCCCAACCUAAAAAAUUCAGGGGGGUGAGGGUGUGUGUUUCACUAGGUAUUUCACCAUAAUUUGAUGUUUUGCAAGUGGGUUUGAUUUUUUCUUGAAAACAAUUGAUUUUGAGGGUUUUAGUGGCCAUUUAUGCGUGUUCUACAGCAAAAAUAUUGCAGUUUAGCCUCUGAAACAGUGCCUGCGUGCGGGUCAAAAAGUAAAAAAUUACCAUGAAUUCUUAUGUGGUUUGUGUUGUGUGUCACUCAAGGCUACAAGUUCCAAAAGAGCUUUUUACAGAGGAAAUGCUGCCGUGCCAACAGACCCAACAUACACCUCCAGAAGUAGUCAUUCAAGAAAAAAAAAGAAACAACAAAAUAUGAGAUUCCCUUACAGAAGCCGAUGGCUACUGUUACUGUUAGAUAUGCCACACUCACAGUUAUGUCCAUGUCUGCAUACACAUCUACUGAAAUCAGCAGCAGUGUGAUUACUUCUAUCUACUGGCUGUCGCAAGGUGUGGACUGCGGUAGUGUGCUCAGUUCAUUGGACACUCACUUGUCAUAGGGUAAGGGCUUCAUAAGUCAUUGAGUAUGUCUCGUCUCCUGUUUUGUAGGCUGAGUAGUGCCUAGCCAGGAAAAAGCCUAGCCGCUUCUUUGCAUUGAUUGAACAUACACACUUAGUGUGAGAAUGUGUUGGGGAAAAACUUUUCACUAAUUGACCGCUGACUGUGAGCAGGUUUUAAGACUGACCGUGGCCGUAUUGGAGAGGGACUGCUAUGUAUAAAGAUAGGAAAAACGCAAGGAUUUCACGGAACAGUGGCCAUUAGUACAGGUGAUUGCUAUGGAGAGGUGACCACUAAAGCAGGUUUAGCUGUAGUCAUUUGUGGUUUAUGCCCCUAUCAACACAAUUUAGAUUGUGCAAGAGGCUGGCUGCUUCAACCCUGCCUGACAGGCUAGGCUAAACGUGUUAUGACAUGACCCACGGUGAUCACAAAUGUCUCUUCUUCUACUAUGCAAGCUAGAUGUGUAAAUUUUCAUCAAAAGUAUGAUUUUUUAAAAUAGAUAAGCUUUAAGAUGAUACUACAAAUUACGGUACUUUAUUUCAGGAACUGUUCUAAUCAGAAUGGCUGCAAAUUCUGGAAGUAUUGACUUGGUGUCAUCAGAUAUUGCUCGGCAUCCUUGCUGUAGCCAUGGUCCUACACUUUUAUUUGAGCGCUUUGACCAGUCCCGAGGAAAAUCACGUCAGUUUUAUGCUUGUUCUGCAUUCAGAGAUAGAAAAGCUUGCAGUUUUUUCCAGUGGGCUGAUACAGACAUGGUGGCUGAUGAAGCCGCCACAGAUACUUGUUCAGUUAAAACAGCUCAUUGGCAGUCAAGAAAAAGAUAUCAUCGAUUCAGAAAGUUGCCAAGGAAGGACAGACAUGUUUGCUGCACCUGUGGGCUACUCCUGCUAGAUGAUGAACUCUCAUUGCACGAGUCUCAAGGACAUGUGGUCAAAAAGAAAGUUGGUUUGAAGCAACUACGGCAAUCGUCAGCUAUGUUCUCACCACUGGAUGACAAUAAAACAUUUGCACAAUAUCUGUUCUCAAAGAAAUCUGUGGACUUUGUUCUGGAAACUCUAGACCAGCUGGGCUUUAGUCAUGUUCUUUGUGUUGGAACUCCAAGAGUUCAUGAAGCGAUUCAAUGUAAUCAGAAAAGAGGAAACUUGUCUCUCAAAUCAAUGCUAUUGGAUCUUGAUGACAGAUAUGGACAGAUAUAUCCACCUUCAAAGUUUGCAAAAUACAACAUGUUCAACCAUCAUUUCUUUGAGGAGGAUGGUCUCAAAAUGACCUCAGAGUUUUUAUGUCAGGGAAAAGACAAAAUUGUUUUGAUCACUGAUCCACCAUUUGGUGGUAUGGUGGAUGCCCUUGCUGCAGCAUUUCAGAAGUUGUCAGAUAUGUGGAGAGAGAAGACGCUACAAAGCUCUGAGAGUACUCCUUCAAGCAUUGAUGGGAAGUGUAUGCCUAUCAUCUGGUUCUUCCCAUACUUUAUGGAAAACAGAAUUGUGUCACAGCUUCCUGGGAUGGUCAUGUUGGAUUACAAGGUUGACUAUGAAAAUCAUGCUCUGUACAAGAAUGACCUCAAGCAGAAGGGGUCACCUGUUAGAAUAUUCACCAACAUACCCCAGGCUAUGUUUGUUUUACCUGCAGAGGAGGGGUACUGGUAUUGCUCAAAAUGCAAUAGAUACUCAUCCAAAGAAAAUUGGCACUGUUCUGAUUGUGGAGCCUGUACUUCAAAAGAUGGAACUACAUAUGUUCAUUGUGAUGCGUGUUUGAGGUGUGUGAAGCCAUCUCGUGUUCAUUGCUACACUUGUCAGAUAUGUGACCUGAAAGAUCACGUGUGUGGGAAAAAGCACAUGUUUGGCUGUCACAUAUGUGGUGAUCUCAGCCACAAACGAAGGGACUGCCCACAGAAGACAGAUAAAGGAGGCUUUCAAAGAGGUGGUAAAAUUUCAUGCAAAAGGAAAUUUCACUCCUCUGGAAAAGUUAAAGAGAAAGCAAAAAAGACAAAAAUUGUAUGAUGUUGUGAGUCGGCCUUCAGAGACUGGAUGUCAAGAGAACAAGGUCUCCUCCCACUGUUUUGUGCUCAAACUCAAGGAGUUCUUUGCAGCAGUCUGACUAGAGUAAAGAUAUUUAUUCAUUACUUAAACACUUUAACCUAUUAUCGAAUAAAAAUAUAAUAAGAAAGCUUUGUAAUUACCGUGGACAAGUGACCAGUCAAAUUUUCACUUUGGGAUAUUUUGAUCGACCAAAUUCUCCAAACCACUGCCGUUUUCAAACUUUGCUGCCUAUCGAGACCAUCUUUGUUGUGAACAUGGGAUUCAUGCCAGUGCGUCAAGGGAGUUUGGUUUCUGUUUGGAAAAUGAAACAAGACCUGACUGAGUUAUAUUUACUUUAUAAGGAAAGUGGCCGCAUAGUUUGGCCGGUUGCAAAUAGUGCCUUUACUCUAGAUGAUGAUAAACUGCACUCUUGUCAUUUUGGUUUGUGAAAUUAUCUAUCCUUUCCCUCCCCCCCCCCCCUCCUUUCUUCCACGCUAUUUUAUUAAAGUAGAUCUUUUUUUUUUUUUCUGGUGUAAGAAAUUAUUUCGAACAAUUGUUAUGUGGAAGUUCUUACCUGUUUGUGGUUACUUAUGACUCAAUAAUGGCUAUUUAGUGCAGGAAAAAGCAAGGUAGACACACAGAAACAACAGAGGAAAAGAAAAGAAGUGGUGCCCUCCAAGAACCAACGCUUAAGCUUUGAUAGAGAUAGUUUUAAGUUGCUAUACUUUGUGGUCUUGUGUAAGUUAGCCUACCAGGUCAAUAGCGUUUAUCUGCUAAAUUAUGUUUUGAAAAAUUAGAAUUUUACCUGACACAUGAAUAUGUUUUAUUGUAUGUACGUAUGUGUUUAGGGGACAGUAUGUCUGACUUUGUUGAGCAUGUGUUUUGUGAGGGCUUGGUUAACUUAAGCAUACAGGUGUUUAUAGUGAAACUGGCAUGGCUGUAUAAUAAAAAAGUCCAGUCCGACCUU